GUUUGUAAUAGAAAACAUGUUCUUUUUAUAUCGUACAUGAAACCCUCCAAGUGAUUGCCCUCCAGCACUGGACCGACUCCCUCACUCGCAAGCUCUGCAAUUGCAUAGCGGUGGGUUUCGUCCGAUCCGAUCCUGCCGUCGUCGAGAGAUGAGAACCGCGAAGGGCUCCGCCCCGAGCCGGCGGCCCGCCGUCGUGGUCCUCCUCCUUGGCGCCUCCCUCGUCUUCUCCGCCCUCGUCGUCUCGAUUCAGUCCUCUUUCUUCACCGGAAGCCGGAGAUCGCUUGUCGGCAGAGAGGAGAUCCGGGUCCUGUCGGAUUUGCAGACCCGCCUCCAGCAGUGCGUGGCAAGCAGAGGACUUGGCCUUACUGCAGAUAUUAUUGAUCACUGUAAAUUGGUGCUUAAAUUUCCUGAAGGCACAAACAGUACCUGGUAUAAUGCACAGUUUAAAAUUUUUGAGCCAUUAGAAUACAAAUAUGAUGUUUGUGAAGCUAUUCUUCUGUGGGAACAGUAUCGUAAUAUGACUACAGUCUUGACAAGGGAAUACUUAGAUGUACGGCCUGAUGGAUGGUUAGAGUAUGCUGCAAAAAGAAUUGCUCAGUUGGGUGCAGAUAAAUGCUAUAAUCGUUCUCUUUGUGAGGAACAUCUUAACUUAAUAUUACCUGCAAAGCCCCCCUUCCACCCCCGCCAGUUUAAGACAUGUGCGGUUGUCGGGAACUCUGGGGAUCUCUUGAAGACAGAAUUUGGAGAGGAGAUUGAUGGACAUGUUGCAGUGUUUCGAGAUAAUGAGGCUCCUGUUAAUGAGAAAUAUGCUAAACAUGUCGGACUAAAAAGGGAUUUUCGCCUAGUUGUAAGAGGUGCUGCUCGUAACAUGGCUGCUAUUCUCAAUGGAUCCUCUGAUGAGGUGCUUAUAAUCAAGAGUGUAAUACACAGAGAUUUCAAUGCAGCGAUUAAGGAACUUCCUAAUCCUGUUUACCUUUUCCAAGGUAUAGUUCUAAGAAGGGGUGCUAAGGGAACCGGAAUGAAGUCUAUAGAAUUAGCACUCUCCAUGUGUGACACAGUUGACAUAUAUGGAUUUACAGUAGAUCCUGGUUAUACAGAAUGGUAAGUAUGUUCUGAGUCAUUUUCGACCUAAAACAACAUACAAUGCAAAUCAACUAAAAAAUUGAAGAAAGGCAAUAGACAACCAACCAUGUUAUAUAUUAUGUCUAUCAUAGUCCUACUAGGCUUCUUA